CGGCAGUGUUGUUGACGUAGACACGUUGACCUUGACCGCAGUUUCCUGCAUAGUGACAUCACAUCCUGAAGAAAAUGGCGCUGUGCAUGUGAGCCGUGCAUCUCUGCCGCUCAGCUUCACUGACUGUGACCGACGAUGGCGCUGUCUCUCUGGAGCCGGGUGUCGGGGCUCCGCCGAGUCCUGCUAACAGAUUGCGUGCAAAACCCCCAUAAGGCGAUCACGGCUGGACUGCGCUCCUAUGAGCCUCCCCCAGAUUUCAGUGGAAUCAGCAUGAAGGAACGACCAAAACUGCGCUUUAUGAACAAAGUUCCAGAUGUUGUAAAAGUAGUGAAGGUCCCCAGGAGUUUAAAGGACAUUCGUGGUCCAGCAUUGCACAGUCUAGAGUUCAAUGAAGGGCAGUAUGGCAUUUUGGCUUUGGGAGGUGGAUACUUACAUUGGGGUCACUUUGAAAUGAUGCGUCUGACUUUAAAUCGAAAAUUUGACCCACGCACGACUUUCAGCAACUGGUUGAUAGAAGCUCCGCACAAACCCAUCACACGGAAAGGACUUGGCCAACGUAUGGGUGGUGGGAAAGGUGCUGUGGACCAUUAUGUCACCGCGGUGAAAGCUGACCAGCUCAUUGUGGAAGUGGGGGGACGCUGUGAGUUUGCUGAGGUCUUGCCUGUGCUGAAUCAAGUGGCCAAGAAGCUUCCAUUCCCAGCAAUAGCUGUGAGCCGAGAAACCUUGAAGGAGCUCCAGGAGGAGCUGGAGGAAAGGAAGAGAAAUAACCAGAAUCCAUGGACUUUUGAGCGCCUGGUGACCCGUAACAUGAUGGGCUGUCGGAAGUAUCUUAGUCCUUAUGAUCUGCAUUUUAAAGGCAGAUACUGGGGCAAGCGCUGCCUGAAGGAUCGUGUCUGAGGGGACUGUUCACAUAAUGCCAGAUGUCUGAUAUUUGUAACAAAUGAUACAAAUAAAAAUGGAAGCCUGUGUAUAAGACACCA